GUUACGCGCCGCGCGGAGGCGGCCGCGGUCUGAGGUACCGGCUCCCAGCUCCGGUCCCGGGUCGCGGCUGGGCGGCGCGGCCCCUCGCGCCCUGCCGCCAGGCCGUCAUGCAAGGCCCGGGAGGGAACGUGAGCCGCGGACUGCCAGGCGGGCCGGCCUCCACGGUCGCGUCCGGGGCGGGGCGCUGUGAAAGCGGCGCGCUCAUGCACAGUUUCGGCAUCUUCCUGCAGGGGCUGCUCGGCGUCGUGGCCUUCAGCACAUUGAUGCUUAAACGCUUCAGAGAACCAAAGCAUGAAAGACGACCAUGGAGGAUAUGGUUUUUAGACACUUCCAAACAAGCCAUAGGGAUGCUGUUCAUCCACUUUGCAAAUGUGUACCUAGCAGAUCUCACUGAAGAGGACCCUUGUUCACUGUACCUCAUCAACUUUCUUCUGGACGCCACUGUAGGCAUGCUUCUCAUUUAUGUGGGCGUACGCGCUAUCAGUGUCUUGGUGGAGUGGCAGCAGUGGGAGUCCCUGCGGUUUGGAGAAUAUGGAGACCCUCUGCAGUGUGGGGCCUGGGUGGGGCAGUGUGCCCUUUACAUCGUGAUCAUGAUCUUUGAAAAGUCCGUGGUCUUCAUUGUCCUGCUCAUACUCCAGUGGAAAAAGGUGGCCCUAUUGAAUCCAAUUGAAAACCCAGACCUGAAGCUGGCCAUCGUCAUGCUGAUAGUCCCCUUCUUUGUCAAUGCGUUCAUGUUCUGGGUAGUAGACAAUUUCCUCAUGAGAAAGGGGAAGACGAAAGCUAAGCUAGAAGAAAGAGGAGCCAACCCGGACUCAAGGAAUGGGAGCAAGGUUCGCUACCGGAGGGCAGCAUCCCAUGAAGAGUCAGAGUCUGAGAUCCUGAUCUCAGCUGAUGAUGAAAUGGAGGAGUCUGAUGCCGAGGAGGACCUCCGUAGACUGACCCCCCUCAAACCUGUGAAGAAGAAGAAGCACCGCUUUGGGCUGCCUGUAUGACGCACUCCCACGCUGCCAGUGACAGUCCUGGGGCCAGCCCUGCAGCAGCAACUCUUCCCUCCUCUCUCUUCCCUCCUCUUCUACCUCCGCUCCUCUUGCUGUCUCUGCCCGCUCUCCGCCAGCCUGCCCCAGACUACUGUGACUGAAGAGGGGGAAGAGGACCGUGCCCUGGCGCUGUGAGCAGCUGGAGGUCCCGCUCAGUUGCACUACAAACACUGACCAAAUAUGCAAGCGAAGAGCUGUGUUUGUUGUCAUUGUCGUCAUCGUCCCUUGGGGUGUCAUGACACCCUGUCCUGUGUCUGACCAGCAGGCGUGAUGGAAGAAAACAGAGCACACAUAGACUGUUGCGGGUCCUCGUGCUGAGGCUGGGGCCUUGUGGACAUGUGACAUGCUUGGGGUUAAUAGCCACGGGUUGACCCAAGUUGGAACAGGAAUGCUUUCUUACUCAAAAUGGCUUUUGUAACUCUUUAUUUCUAAAGCCAGUUUUAUGAGCUGUGACAGUGUUACUGUUUUUUGAGUAUGUGUUUAUUUCCUACAAAGUAUCUAUGGUCUAAUGGGCAAACAGAUUUUUAAGUCUUCCGUAUGCUGUUUGACUUUUAUAUUUUUUAAGUUAUAUUUUCAUACUACUGUAUUUAAAACUCUUUUUAAUCCCCAAAGAAAUGGAUUUGUUUGCCUUUCAUGGGGUAUGAGCUGAUGGGAGGUGGGUAAAAGUCAGGAGUUGUUUAGCCAGGAAUAUUGUUAGGUAACACCUGAUGAUGAGGUAAAGGAUCCUGAUGGGAAAGGUAGAUAGCCUUUAUCUGCAGUCAGAAAUCCACAGUGUGUUAAGGUCAGACCUGGGCAGGAGGCAGCUGUUCCAAAUAGAUCUGUAUGCUCCAGCGUGUGGGAGCAGAGCCAGGGCAUACAAGCUGGCAUGUCAGAGGCUUUGGUUAAACCUGACUGAGGAAGGAGUUCAAGAGUUAGACAUUUGUGUCCAGAGGACUCAAGACCACCAGGCUCCUUCUGUUGGUUUCCUGCCUCUCUCGGGGCUUCCAAAUCUCAAAUGAGAGCAUGGUCCCAGCCUCUGCUCCCAGUAAAGCAGCUCGAAGAACCAACCUUUGCCUUGGUGCCUGUCACCAGCUGUCACCUGCUUGCUUGCUCAGCUGCCUGGCCAGAGCAGCCUGUUGUCAUGCCCUCCAAAGUCGUGAGGCGGCAGGGGCGGAACAGCCUCCAGUGAGAGCUGUGUCUUACUGUGUAGCUAGUAUGAGGUAUUUCUAGACUAUGGCUCCUCUUGGUGGUUCCACCCUCUUCUCAGCCUGGCCACAGUUUCCAGCAGGGCAGAGCUUCUGAUGGCUUGUCCUCCAGCACGCAGGCACAGUCAGUGGUAAGGAGCGUAAGGACACCCCACUACUUCCUGGUGUGGCUUAGGCCUUAGGUGAGGCGAGCACAGAGGAGCCGACUCUCCUCAGAUCCUUCUGAACCUAAGAAUGUGUUGUGCUUAAGCAUCCAGGAUCUAAGUAUGCUUGUGGCAUGUGAACCCAGCCUUUAUCCAGAGUACCUGGGGCUGUCCUCAGCCACUUGAAGUCUUACUUGUCCUAGACAGAGGGUGUACUCCGGGGUGCCUCUCUUGGCUCAUCUUCUCGUACAAGCACCACUGAGAAGAGAGAUUGCUGUUGGACGCUUCACAGCCGGGUGAGGCCGAGGCCGGUGACCUGUGAAAUGGUUUGGUCAGGCCUACAUUGUUCCUGUUUCCUAUUUCCUUUCCCUCCUACAACCCUGGUCAUUCCCUUCCCCCUCUCUAGUGAGGAUGCACUGAGCGGCAAGAGUACAACUGGAACUCCUGAGGAGAUGGUCAGCUCCUAGUGGCGUUGCUGAUGUCAUCCUCACACCCCGUCCUGUUUCACUGUGCUAGAGAUGACCAUCCUUCUGGAGCUCAGGGUUGGAACCUCAUUUCCAAACCAGCCACAGAGGUGGGUAACCACUGCCAAGGAUGGAAACUCCAGUUGCACAGGCCUCCCAGAGGUGAUCUGUAAGGUCCUCCCAGCGCCGGAGCGCAGGGCCUGAGGAACAGAGGAAGUGAGGGAUCCUGAUUCUCACUAAGGGCUCGAGGCUCUGAGCUGCAGCUGUGGAGCCGGCUCAGCAGGAAAGGAGGUUCAGCGGGUGUCUGAUAUUGGAGCCUGUGUGCAGGCUCGGUGUGUUCACCCUUCCCCCUUUCCUGUGUGGAUGUGUGCAUGCACACAUGCAGCAUAAGCACAUACACUCACACCAUGCUGCAUCCCUCAGGAGAGCCUCCAGUGGUCGCUAAGGCCUUCCUGUUGCCAUGGUGCACUGCCUCACUAGAGUGGAUGUAGAGGGCUCUGAUCAGGAUGUCUUCCUAAGCUGUCCUCCCUCCCUGGAAUGAGUGUCCCCAUCACUUGUUCCAAGGUGCCUUAUGAGGUGGGACCUUUUAUUGGCUGAUGGCAAGACAUCACCAGGCUGGCGGGGAGGGGCGGGGUGGAUGGAAUGCUGGCUUAGCUAUGGUGUGCUGUCAGUCUGAUUUGUCCAAAUCUGUGUCUUGGCCAAGCUGUUCUUGGUGGAAGCUUGCAAGCCAAGGCGAUGAAUGAGUUUUUUGUAACUAACAGAAAUAAACCGAUGAGAGAGCUGACACCUGACAAAGAGAUGGUGGUUAUUGGUUUUG